AUGGGACGGAGCUGCUCCUUCCUCCUGCUUCUCUUCCUCUUGUCCCCAUGGCCCAGAGCCACCGUGGCACUCCUGCGGUACCGCCACGAAUGCGGAGAGUUGGGAAUGCAGCUCCUGGUCCUCCCAUCCCACGGCCGCUCCGUCCGCUUCAAGGUUCUGGACGAGUUUGGCUCCCGCUUUGACGUGGCCAACUGCUCCAUCUGCCUCCACUGGCUGAAUUCCAGGGAGGAUGGCUCCAUCAUCUUCUCCUCCGGCUACAAGGGCUGCCAUGUCCUGUUCAAGGAGAACCACUACAUCCUGCGUGUGCAGCUGGAGGAGCUGCUGUCCAGUGGGAUUCCUGUCACCUCCUAUGAGGUCAACAUCACCUGCCCCAAGCCAGGUGGCUCUGAGAUGCUCCCAGAUGGAAAGCGGGAGAAGGGCCGGGACAGCGGAGUCCUGUUCUCUCACACUGGCCUGCACCAGGUCUCUGAGUCCUCCCUUACUCUUACGGGAUCCCACUUCACAUCCCAAGAUCACUUGGAGCAGGUUCACACCGUGGGACGGUACGAGCCCAGCUCAGUGCAUCCUGGGAUCCAGCACCAUUCCAAUCCGGCUCACUCUGGGCUUCUGUCCCAGCCUGGUGGGGUUCAUCCUGUCACCCAGUUCCAGGGAAGCUUCAUUCACCCGGGAGUGCAGCCAGGGGGGCAGAGCCAGCCAGGGAUCCUUCGCCCAGUGCUUGUAUCCCAAAACCACCCCAGUUUUGUGCAUCCCGGGGGUCAGACCCAGCCGGGGCACCUGCAUCCAGGGUCUGUAUCCCAAAACCAGCCUGUGAUGAUGCAUCCUGGGGGACAAAACCAACCAGGGAUUCGCCCAGGGUCUAUAUCCCAAAACCGGCCUGGGGGGUUUGUAUCCCAAAACCCUCCUGGGGGCCAAAACCAACCAGGGAUUCACCCAGGGUUUGUAUCCCAAAACCCUCCUGGGGGCCAAAACCAACCAGGGCAGCUUCGUCCAGCGUUUGUAUCCCAAAACCCUCCUGGGGGCCAAAACCAACCAGGGCAGCUUCGUCCAGCGUUUGUAUCCCAAAACCCUCCUGGGGGCCAAAACCAACCAGGUCUUCGCCCUGGGCUUGUAUCCCACAACCAGCCUGGCUUGACCUCCACUGGUGCCCAGACUCCCACAGGAUUCCUGCGCCCGGGAGCUCAGCCCCCAAACCAGCCGGGAAUAUCUCGUCCCAGUCAUCACUCACCUGACCAAACUGGGCUCCAUGGCCACACUGGGCUGCUCCAUCCUGGCCAUCCCAGCCCAGCUUUGGUGCACCCAGGACUCUCAUCCUGGCCAGGUUACAUCAGCUCUGGACUCCAGACCCAGCCAGGCCUGGGACGCCCAGGACUGCAGCCCCAGCCUGGAUUGCUACAUCCUGGGAUUCACUCCCAGCCCAGUCUGUUGGAGUCCACAGCACUCUUCUACCCCUCUGCGGGAGCAGGAAUGCAGCUGACACAGGAGCAGUGCCAGGUGCCAGUAGGCCGGAUGCCAUGCCUGGCUCCUCAGGGACGAGAGGGAUGCCUGCAGGCUGGAUGCUGCUACGAUGACAUGGACCGUACCACACCCUGCUAUUAUGGGAAUACCGCCACCGUGCAGUGCCUUCUGGAGGGAUACUUUGUCCUGGUGGUGCCACGGGGAACGGUGGCUGCACCGUACAACCUGGACAGCGUGCGGCUGGCCAGCAGCCAGGCGGGAUGUGAGCCCCUCCACGUGUCCGAGGCCUUUGUCAUGUUCCGCUUCCCGGUCACCCACUGCGGCACCACAGUCCAGGUAGUUGAGGACAGGCUGAUCUAUGAGAACCAGCUGAUCUCCACCAUCGAUGUCCAGGGAUCCCCCCGUGGCUCCAUCACUCGGGACAGCAUCUACAUUCUCCAUGCUCGGUGCAUCUACAACUCCAGCGACCUCCUUCCCUUGGGAGUGGAGGUGGCCGCGCCCCCCACAGCCGUACCCCUGGCCAUGCCGGGCCCGCUGGGGCUCCAGCUGCGGAUUGCCACUGAUGAAUCCUACAGUUCCUACCACCCUGUGGGUGACUUCCCCUUGGUGAGGGUGCUCCGGGACCCCAUUUACGUGGAAGUCCGGCUGCUCCAGAAGACGGAUCCCAAUUUGGUGCUGGUGCUGCACCACUGCUGGGCCUCCCCUGGUUCCCACGCCACAUCUCAGCCCCAGUGGCCCAUCCUGGUGGAGGGGUGUCCCUUCCAAGGGGACAACUACAGGACUCGGCUAAUUCCAAUGGGUCCGGCCUCUCCGGAGCUGCCCUUCCCGAGCCACUACCAGCGCUUUGUCAUCUCCACCUUUGCCUUUGUGGAGCCCCCUGGAAUGGCUGUGCUGGAGGGGGAGGUGUACAUCUCCUGCAGCGCUUCUGUGUGCCACCUGGCCCAGCCGGAGCCCUGCCGGCCCUCCUGCCAGCUGGGAGUGCCCUCACGAGCGCGGAGGUCUCUGGGGGACAGGAAGACAAGUGACAAAAUGGGGACAGUCACAUCCCAGGGAUGCAUCGUCUUUCCUGAAGUUCCCAAGAGAGGAGGAACUCAGCAGACAGGCUAA